AUGGCAGGUACUUCGAAGCGGACCUCGGGCCGAAAAGAUGAUGAGGAUUACAUCGAUCUGCUGCCCGAUUGCCUAAUCCACCACAUCUUCUCCUUUUUGCCCACGGAGGACGCCAUCAAAACAUGUGUUUUGUCGAUAAGGUGGCGGUUUGUUUGGACCACUGUCUUGGAUCUCAAGUUCUCCAUCUCUUUCUUCGGCUCUUCUUAUGAUGAAUCGUUCGUGGACGGGGUUUUGACGCAAUAUGCGUGGGCUAAGAUUUCGACUCCUCGAUUACUGUCAUUGUGUGUGAGAGAUCACUAUUUUUAUGAGUCGAUAAGAAUUGUGGAAGCACCAUCCUUACUUGAAGCUGACUUAGAUUUCGAUGUUCCAUCCAUAUCAAGUAUCUGCCUGCUGAAGCAAAUGUUUCCCAAGCUGCAGAAUGCUACUCGAAUUCUUCUCGGUUCUUGGUGGGCUUGGGUUACGCGGAAUCUGAAGAUAGAAGACGCGCAGGUUUCGCUGCCGAGUUGCAAGUCUCUGACCCUACACAUGCCCGUCCCCAGUUUUAGCUUUCCUGCUAUAGUGAAAAUGCUGGCAGCUACACCAAAUUUGGAGAAGCUGUUUAUAAUUUUGAAGCCAUAUGAUCCGUCCUCGAGUGCAUCUGACUUAGACUCUAAGGAAAUCUUGAACAAGAAUUCUUGUCGUAUGAAGAAGAAACUCAAGCGCUGGGCUCAAUAUCUCAAGAAUGUUGACAUUUUUAUUUGUACUGGAAAAUAUGGUCAUCGAAGUUAUGAAGCGAUCACAAAAUAUCAAGGUAGUCGAUUCAAGCAAAUGGCAUGA